UCGGCUUCUCUGCCGCGCCAUCUCCACCGUCCGCCGUCAAUCCCCACCGCGCCACAGCCGCCGCCCACAUGGCCGCGGCCGGCGCCUUCUCCCCCCUCUCCGGCACCCUCCUCCGCCGCCGCAUACCCCUCCACCAUCACCGCCGCUUCCUCUCCAUUGCAGCCGCUGCCUCGGAAGCCCCCGCGCCUGCCCCCGCCCCGUCCCAGCCGCCGCCGCCGCCGCCGCGUCCUCGCGGGAAGGGGUACUUCCCCAAGAAGAACGAGAUCCUCGAGCUGACAUGCGAGGGGCUCGCCUUCAAGGGGAAGGGCGUCUGCAAGGUCGACGGCUCCUCCUUCGUCCUGCUCUGCGACGGCGCUCUCCCCGGCGAGCGCCUCGUGGCUCGCGUCCGUCGCCUCCGCCGCGGCGCCUUCGCCGAGGCCUCCAAGCUAAAGACCCUCUCGCCCCACCACGACGCCGUCGAGGCCCCCUGCCCCCUCGCCGCCGACUGCGGCGGCUGCAAGAGCCAGUCCCUCGCCUACUCUGCGCAAAUCCACCACAAGUACGUCCAGGUCCGCGACUUGCUGGUAAAUUUCGGCAAGUUUGACCCCAGAAAGCUGGAGAGCUCGGAUUCAGAUGCCAUCCUUAAGCCCAUCGUGCCGUGCGAUGAGAUAUUUCGAUACAGGAACAAGAUGGAGUUCUCGUUUGGGACGAAGAGGUGGAUGAAAAGGGAGUGGAAGGAGGAGAAAGAGGAGGUGUCUAAGGGGGAAGAGGUGGAGACUGAUGGUUAUUCACUUGGACUCCAUGCACCAGGGUUCUUUGACAAGGUGCUUCAUGUUGAGACGUGCUUGCUGCAUAGUGAGCCGGCAGAUCAGGUUCUUGCAGUUGUUCAAGGAAGUUGGACGGAUCCGGCUCUUGGCCUCACGCCUUACGAUGUCUACAAGCACACUGGGUUUCUCAAGCAUCUAAUGAUACGAACUGGAAGAAAUGUCAGCACUGGAGCUCCAGAAUUGAUGGUCAAUUUUGUGACAUCAUGUUAUAAACCUGAGCUACUGGUGCCUCUUGUGGAUAGAAUCACAAAAAUAUCUGAAGUGGUAAGUGUCGUAAAUAAUGUGAAUACAUCUGUUGGCAAUACAUCCGUGGGUGAGCAAGAAUAUACCUUGUACGGGAAACCGACCAUUACAGAGAUGUUGAGAGGACUUACAUUCCAGAUAUCUGCCAACUCCUUUUUCCAGACUAAUACAAAACAGGCUGAUGUUCUUUAUAAGCUUAUUGAAGAUUCUGCUGGGCUUAAAGGAGAUGGCUCUGAGAUUGUUCUUGACUUGUUUUGUGGAACUGGAACCAUUGGGCUGACUCUUGCUAGAAGUGCAAAGCAUGUUUAUGGAUAUGAAGUUGUCCCUGAAGCCAUCGCGGAUGCCCAAAAGAAUGCUCAGUUGAAUGGUAUUAGUAAUGCUACAUUUGUUCAGGGAGACCUUAACAAAAUCAGCGAAACAUUUGGCAAGGAAUUUCCAAAGCCUGACAUAAUCAUAUCAGAUCCUAAUCGGCCAGGGAUGCACAUGAAGUUAAUCAAGUGGCUGCUAGAAGUCAAAGCCCCUCGAAUAGUGUACGUCUCUUGUAAUCCAGCUACUUGUGCACGGGAUUUGGACUACCUAUGUCAUGGCGUGGAAGAGAAAGGCCUGAGUGGGUGCUACGAGCUGAAGCGUGUAAUACCUGUCGAUAUGUUUCCCCACACUCCUCAUAUUGAGUGUGUGUGCUUAUUGGAGCUGUGCUGAUUUUCAGUUCUGUUCAGCUAGAGCCACCAGAAGAGUAUAAUAUCCACGCGGCAUAUCAUACACGGUGGUUUACUGAAGCCAUUUUGAAGUUAACCAGACGUGCUGAUUGCUGAAUGUAUUGUUCGGUUAGCAUAUCUCAAGCAGAAGGGGCCCUGGAACUAUGAGCGCCCUACAGAAGGACUCUGGGAAAAUCUUCGACAGUUGUCGAGGUUCUGUUCAUUGUUGCAGGCAGGGAUGCAUUAUGUAAACAGUAAGAAAAAAAAUGGAUGAAUUUGUCUGAUCUCUUCAUGAUGGUGUCUAAAUUUGCUUCCGGGACAUCGUUGACUCCUCUCAUAGCUGAUGCUGAAUCGUGACUCGUUCUCUGUUUAAUUGAAUUUUGGUUUGUGGUUGGCAUGUACUGUGUACAUUUUUUUCCAUUUUGAUUGAUGGUCAAGUCGUUGAGAA